AUGUUAGACGAAUCUGCAUCCCUGGAUUCAACCUGGAUAAAAGGCACUGAUCCAUGUAAUAAGGAAACGAAAUGGAAAGGUGUAGAAUGUAACUCGGAUAAUGUCAUAAACCUGUAUCUUAUGAACUAUGGUCUCUCAGGAGAUAUUGCAAUUGAUUCAUUGGUGAAUCUUAAGGGACUUAGAGUUAUCAGUUUGGAGAACAAUAGCUUUUCAGGUCCAUUGCCUGAAUUCAAUCGACUUACUGCAUUGAAGUCUCUCUAUCUUGCAGACAAUGAAUUUUCCGGGGAAAUACCUUUGGAUUUCUUUUCGAAAAUGGGGUCUCUGAAAAAACUUGAGCUUGCAAGAAAUAAGUUUUCAGGGAGGAUUCCUGACUCUUUGACUAAGUUGCAGAAUCUCAGGGUUCUCUUUCUGCAGCAAAAUGAAUUCACAGGGCCUAUUCCCUCAUUAGCACAAAAGUCUUUGGAUAAAAUCGACCUGUCUAACAAUAAGCUGCAAGGAGAAAUCCCUCCAGCCAUGUCAAGAUUUGGUACCAAGCCUUUUGAGGGAAAUUCCGACCUUUGUGGCACAGUUUUGUCCAAAGAAUGCAAGGCUGAUGACAAGAGUGCAAUUGAAACACCAGCAGAGGACAAUAUCAGUGAAACCAAGGAGUCAGGGUCGGGGACAGGCGCAAAGUGGGUGGUACUAUUGGUAAUGGUUGCCCUCCUGGUGGUGACAAUAGCAUUUAAGGGCAAGAGAAAGGAAGACGAUUUCCAGAUGAUUCGAAAAGAGAAUUUGGAUGAGGCAGUGCAAGUACAGAUACCUAGUAGUAUGAAGAAGAGGAACUUGAGCAGCAGGAAAGGAAAUAAUUCAGUGAAUUCGUCAAGAAAAGGCUCCCAACAUGGUAGAAAAGUAGGUGAUCUCGUUGUAAUUAAUGAAGAAAAAGGUAUAUUUGGGCUGCCUGAUUUGAUGAAGGCUGCAGCUGAGGUUCUCGGAAGUGGUGGUUUGGGAUCAGCUUACAAAGCCAAGAUGGUAAAUGGGGUUUCUGUUGUGGUGAAAAGAUUGAGAGAUGUGAAUAAAGUCAGUAGGGAAACAUUUGACACGGAGAUUAGAAAGCUCGGAACAAUAAGGCACCAGAAUAUUUUGACACUAUUGGCUUACCACUACCGUAAUGAAGAGAAGCUGUUGGUGUCUGAGUUUGUUGCCAAAGGCAGCUUAUUGUAUCUAUUACACGGUGAUCGUGGGAUUUCUCAUGGGGAGCUGAAUUGGCCUACUCGUCUGAAAAUCAUUCAAGGAGUUGCUCAAGGAAUGGGAUUUCUUCACAAUGAGUUUGCACAAUAUGAAUUGCCACACGGGAAUCUCAAGUCUAGCAAUAUUCUUCUUUCUUCAGAUUACGAGCCAAUUCUCAAUGAUUACAUGCUCUAUCCAUUUAUCAGUAACACUCAAUCUGUGCAACAACUGUUUGCUUAUAAAACCCCAGAAGCCAUAUUGUAUCAGCAAGUUUCUCCAAAGAGCGAUGUCUUUUGUCUUGGAGUAGUCAUUCUUGAAAUCGUUACUGGGAAAUUUCCUUCUCAGUAUCUGAACAAUCAAAAGGGUGGCACUGAUGUUAUACAAUGGAUUAAAACAGCAAUUUCUGAGAACAAAGUUUCAGAAUUGAUUGAUCCAGAGAUAGCAAACACGUCAAAUUCACUUGAACAAAUGGAGAAGCUAUUAUAUAUUGGAGCCGAAUGCACAGAAAGUGAUCAAGAAAAGAGGAUUUUGAUGAAAGAAGCUAUAAAGAGAAUAGAGGAGGUACAAGUUUGA